CCCCGAGCCCCUCCCACGCCCUGCCGCGUUUCCUUUCUGCCGUCAGAGCCGCGUUAGCAACACCACCACCACCGCCGCCGCUACCAGAAGCAGCAGCAGCAGCGACGAGAGCAAGAGGAGCUCCUCCUCCUCCUCGUGUCCGCGCGCGCGCCCCCCCUCUUCGGUCUCCUCCCCCCCGUCUCUCUUUCUCUCCCCCUCCGGCUCCUCCUCCACCCUGCAUGGUCCAUCGCCGCCGCCCUGCUCCGGCACCACCACCUCCGCGGCCGCCUCCGCUUCCCUCAGGCUCAGCUCCUUCUGCCCUCGGCGGUGGCGCCCUCAGCACCCAGGCCGUAUGAUCAGGCUACAGUCUUCAAUGAGUAACCAUAUUCCUCAGUUCUGUGGUGUUCUUGGUCACACAUUUAUGGAGUUUCUGAAGGGCAGUGGGGACUACUGCCAGGCACAGCACGGCCUCUAUGCAGACAAGUGAACUAUAGAAAUUGAUUACUACUCCACCAAGAAGCCCCCUUAAGAGUGGUUACCAGAAUAAGACGUGUUGAGUUGAAAUUGGCAGAGCAUUUUACAAAGGAGUUCAGACCUGAAUGGGGUAGCCUUGCUGCACUGCCUUUCUCUUUGCCUCAGUAUUACAGGAUUGAAGAAUUGCUGCUUCUUGUUUAGGAGGUUCAUUUCAUUUCCCAUUGCUCCCAACUUCAUGCUUGUCAGCACUGGAAACUUCAAGUGGCUUUUAGUGGAGUAGGCUUCGGUUUCUCCCAAUCAAUUCUGCUAGGUUUUUUU